AAAGAAAGAAGAUAAAGCAUAGAGAUAUUUAACAUUUGAGGCUCUAAUUGUUGAAGGCAAAGAUAUUUUAUCCAUGCCUUGCAUUAUUAUUGUCCACUAGUUAGUCACCUUUGUUUUUCUCUCUCUGUAUUUGGCACAUAUCUUAACUUGAUUACCAGAAGAGAGAGUUGGAAGAAUGGAGUCAGCCUUUGUGUCGACAGCUCUUAGGACGACUACGAGCAGCCUCCUUAAAAGGAGGGAGACACCACUUGAUGCUCUUUUUCAUCUUCCAUUUUCGAGAAACUAUGUGAAGUGUUGGGGUAUUUCGUUAUCCUUCAGAAAGCCUAAAAAAUACAAAGUCUUUAAUUGCAAUGUGAAAGUAGAGGAUGAGGCUUGUGAACUGGUUAACGGAGUUGAGCUUUCCAUUGGGGAUGGAGUUGAUAGCAUUGAUGCUUAUCUCUGCAAUGCUGUAAAGAACAACAAUGGUACUGGCAUUUUGCUCUUAUCUGAUAUCUUUGGAUUUGAGGACUCAUUUACCAGAGAUUUCGCAUACCGUGUUGCAUGCAAUGGAUACAAUGUUCUGGUACCAGAUAUGUUCCGUGGCAAUCCAUGGAGAAAGGAUGAACCCCAAGCUUUGUUUGAGCAAUGGAUCGGUAGUGUAGACAAACAACAGGUUGUGAAAGACAUUUUCACAUCGACAAAAUGGAUGGCCAAUGAAUUUGUGGCUGCAGGAAUAUCAAAGAAGUUUGGUGUGAUUGGAUUUUGCUUUGGAGGUGGCCUGUUAAUAGACAUAUUGGCUCAAGACCAGGGUUGUGGGUUUGGUGUUGGGAUCUCAUUCUACGGCACACGGAUUGACUUAUCUGUUGCUAGCAAGAUUGAGGCUCCACUAUUACUUAUCGCCGGUGACAACGAUCCACUUUGUCCUGUGAAUGUCUUGAAGGAGGUUGAAAAUAAUGCCAAUGGUUGCAAAAUGGUGGUUUUUGAGGGAAGGGGUCAUGGUUUUGCCCAUCGACCUCAAUCAUUAGAAGACGAUAAAGAUGCAGAAGAGGCAUUCUUGAUGAUGAGAAACUGGCUGCAUGAUGGCCUACUUUCUGAAAAUUGAUACUCUUUUUAUGUGAAUAGUCAGUAUAUUGUGUGCAAUUUGAAACUUCCUUUCUGUUAUCUUAUGAAUGUAUAAAGAAUCUCGUUUUCAACAACAGUAGUGACUAUUCACUCACAGCAAAAUAGCACGAUAAUCAACUGCCUUGUUCACCA